AUGGAGGUUGAGGCUCGUCUGGCUUCCCUCAAAGCUGCUGCUGAGCUGGAUAGUGGCUGGCAACUCCGCAAGCAAUACGCUCACCUCAGCCCAGAUGAGGUGACCAGCACCAUCAGUUUAGCUCAAUGCAGAGAUCUUCUGGCUCUCACAGAUGAGGUGACCAGCACCAUCGGUUUAGCUAAAUACAGAGAUCUUCUGGCUCUCACAGAUAAGGUGACAAGCACCAUCAAUGAGGUGACCAGCACCAUUGGUUUAGCUCAAUGUAGAGAUCUUCUGGCUCUUACAGAUGAGGUAACCAGCACCAUCAGUUUAGCUAAAUACAGAGAUCUUCUGACUCUCACAGAUGAGGUGACCAGCUCCAUCAAUGAGGUGACCAUCACCAUCAGUUUAGCUCAAUGCAGAGAUCUUCUGGCUCUCACAGAUGAGGUGACCAGCACCAUCGGUUUAGCUAAAUACAGAGAUCUUCUGGCUCUCACAGAUAAGAUGAGGCGACCAUCACCAUCGGUUUUAGCUGAAUGCAGAGAUCUUCUUGAUCUCACAGAUGAGGUGACCAGCACCAUUGGUUUAGCUCUAUGCAGAGAUCUUAUGGAUCUCACAGAUGAUGUGACCCGCACUAUGGGAGGAACUCAGCGCACCGGGCACAAUUACAGAUGGGUAAGGAGGAAGGAUAGAACCUUGAAUUUUGAUUCAGAAGAGGCUGAUGUGAGAUUUUCUCUGGAUGAUUAUAAAUUGAUGAAUCAAAGACAAUACAAUGUGGAAAAUCCCAAUUUCCAUCUCCGUGAGAUGGAAACGUGUCCUCCCUGCCCCACAGCUUACACCACAACGUACGUGACUCUGACGGGAUCACAAAGUGCAUUAAUUACAACAACAACCUCACAAACUACAACAUCCAUCACACCAGGGAUAACAACAUCAGAGAUCUUAAAACCAAAUGCAACUACAAUAACAAAUAUAUCACCAACAGUACCAGCAAGCACUAUAAACACUAUACCAACAACAAUGGACACAGCAAGCACAAACACAACCUUAAAGCCGACUCUGACAUUAACUGAAACACCUAUUACCACUGUAAUCUCCACACCAGCAACGGGCCCAACAUCACCCAGUAUAUCUUUCCAUUCCACAGCAGCACUUGGACCAACACUGCUCAGUACCUCUGUACGUCCCACAACCACACCUGGCACAGGCACACCACGUAUCACUGUAGGUCCUUCAUUAACAACUAGCAAGACAAUAGCCAGUACCACUUUAGCUUCCUUAACUGUACCAUCAACAGCCAGUACCACUUCAGAUUCCACAGCAACUAGCCCAACAACAGCAAGUACCACAUUAGAUACCAACACAAAAACUAGUCCUAAAACAGACAGCACCAAUGUAAUACCCAUAACAACUUCACUGACCAGUAUUGCUCCCACAACAUCUAUCCAAUCAGCAGGUAUCAAUACUUUAACUUCCACAGCAACUGAUUCAACAAAAGCCAGCACCACUAUAGCAUCCACAACAACAAGCCCAACAGCAACCAGUACAACGGGAACAUCUACAACAGCUAGCCCAACAGCAACCAGUACAACUGAAACUUCUACAACAACUAGCCCGACAGCAACCAGUACAACUGGAACUUCUAUAACAACUAGCCCAACAGCAACCAGUACAACGGGAACUUCUACCACAGCUAACUCAAAAGCAACCAGUACAACUGGAACUUCUACAACAACAAGCCCAACAGGAACCAGUACAACUGGAACUUCUACAGCAGCUAGCCAAACAACAACCAGUACAACUGGAACUUCUAUCACAGCUAGUCCAGCAGCAACCAGUACAACUGGAUCAUCUACCACAGCUAUCCCAACAGCAACCAAUACAAUGGGAACUUCUACAACAGCUAACCCAACAGAAACCAGUACAACUGGAACUUCUACAACAAAUAGUCCAACAGAAACCAGUACAACAGGAACUUCUACAACAAAUACCCCUACAGCAACCAAUACAAUGGGAACUUCUACCACAACUAGCCCAACAGCAACCAGUACAACUGGAACUUCUACAACAACUAGCCCAACAGCAACCAGUACAACUGGAACUUCUACCACAGCUAACACAACAGCAACCAGUACAACUGGAACUUCUACAACAACAAGCCCAACAGCAACCAGUACAACUGGAACUUAUAUCACAGCUAGCCCAGGAGCAACCAGUACAACUGGAUCGUCUACCACAGCUAUCCCAAUAGCAACCAAUACAAUGGGAACUUCUACAACAGCUAACCCAACUGCAACCAGUACAACUGGAACUUCUACCACAAAUAGUCAAACAGCAAACAGUACAACUGGAACUUCUACCACAACUAGCCCAACAGAAACCAGUACAACUGGAACUUCUACAACAAACAGUCCAACAGCAACCAGUACAACUGGAACUUCUACCACAGCUAACCCAACAGCAACCAGUACAACGGGAACCUCUACAACAAUUAGCCCAACAGCAACCAGUACAACGGGAACUUCUACCACAACUAGCCCAACAGCAACAAGUACAACAGGAACUUCUACCACAACUAUCCUAACAGCAACCAGUACAACUGGAACUUAUCCAACAAAUAGCCCAACAGCAACCACAACCAGUACAACUGGAACUUCUACAACAACAAGUCCAAAAGCAACGAGUACAACUGGAACUUCUACUGCAGCUAGCCAAACAACAACCAGUACAACUGGAACUUCUAUCACAGCUAGCCCAGCAGCAACCAGUACAACUGGAUCGUCUACCACAGCUAUCCCAACAGCAACCAAUACAAUGGGAACUUCUACAACAGCUAACCCAACAGCAACUAGUACAACUGGAACUUCUACAACAAAUACCCCUACAGCAACCAAUACAAUGGGAACUUCUACCACAGCUAGCCCAACAGCAACCAGUACAACUGGAACUUCUACAGCAAAUACCCCCACAGCAACCAAUACAAUGGGAACUUCUACAACAGCUAGCCCAACAGCAACCAGUACAACGGGAACUUCUUCCACAACUAGCCCAACAGCAACCAGUACAACUGGAACUUCUACAACAACUACAACCAGUACAACUGGAACUUCUACAACAACAAGCCCAACAGCAACCAGUACAACUGGAACUUCUACAACAGAUAGCCAAACAACAACCAGUACAACUGGAACUUCUAUCACAGCUAGCCCAACAGAAACCAGUACAACUGGAACUUCUACAACAACUAGCCCAACAGCAACCAGUACAACUGGAACUUCUACCACAGCUAACCCAACAGCAACAAGUACAACGGGAACCUCUACAACAAUUAGCCCAACAGCAACCAGUACAACGGGAACUUCUACCACAACUAGCCCAACAGCAACCAGUACAACAGGAACUUCUACCACAACUAUCCCAACAGCAAGCAGUACAACUGGAACUUAUCCAACAAAUAGCCCAACAGCAAACAGUACAACGAGAACUUCUACCACAGCUAACCCAACAGCAACCAGUACAACUGGAUUGUCUUCAACAACUAGCCCAACAGCAAGCGGUACAACUGGAACUUCUACCACAGCUAUCCCAACAGCAACCAAUACAACUGGAACUUAUCCAACAAAUAGCCCAACAGCAACCAGUACAACGAGAACUUCUACCACAGCUAACCCAACAGCAACCAGUACAACUGGAUUGUCUACAACAACUAGCCCAACAGCAAGCGGUACAACUGGAACUUCUACCACAGCUAUCCCAACAGCAACCAAUACAACUGGAACUUCUUCCACAGCUAGCCCAACAGCAACCAGUACAACUGGAUUGUCUACAACAACUAGCCCAACAGCAACCAGUACAACUGGAAUGUCUACAACAUCAAGCCUAACAGCAACCAGUACAAUGGGAACUUCUACAACAGCAACCAGUACAACUGGAACUUCUACAACAAUUAGCCCAACAGCAACCAGUACAAUUGGAACUUCUACAACAACUAGCCCAAAAGAAACCAGUACAACUGGAACUUCUACAGCAAAUAGUCCAACAGCAACCAGUACAACUGGAACUGGAACUUCUACAACAAAUAGUCCAACAGCAACCAGUACAAAGGGAACUUCUUCCACAACUAGCCCAACAGCAACCAGUACAACUGGAACUUCUACAACAACUAGCCUAACAGCAACCAGUACAACGGGAACUUCUUCCACAACUAGCCCAACAGCAACCAGUAAAACUGGAACUUCUACAACAACUAGCCCAACAGCAACCAGUACAACUGGAACUUCUACCACAGCUAACCCAACAACAACAAGUACAACGGGAACCUCUACAACAACUAGCCUAACAGCAACCAGUACAACUGGGAUUUUUACAUCAACUAGCUCAACAGCAACAAGUACAACGGGAACCUCUACAACAAAUAGCCCAACAGCAACCAGUACAACUGGAACUUCUAGCACAACUAGCCCAACAGCAACCAGUACAACUGGAACUUCUACAACAAAUAGCCCAACAGCAACCAGUUCAACGGGAACUUCUACCACAGCUAACCCAACAGCAACCAGUACAACUGGAACUUCUACAACAAAUAGCCCAACAGCAACCAGUACAACGGGAACUUCUACAAAAACUAGCCCAACAGCAAGCGGUACAACUAGAACUUCUACCACAGCUAUCCCAACAGCAACCAAUACAACUGGAACUUCUUCCACAGCUAGCCCAACAGCAACCAGUACAACUGGAUUGUCUACAACAACUAGCCUAACAGCAACCAGUACAACUGGAAUGUCUGCAACAACAAACCUAACAGCAAUCAGUACAACUGGAAAUUCAUCAACUACUAGCCCAGUAGCAACCAGUACAACGGGAACCUCUACAACAAACAGCCCAACAGCAACCAGUACAACGGGAACUUCUUCCACAGCUAGCCCAACAGCAACCAGUACAACUGGAAUGUCUACAACAACAAGCCUAACAGCAAGCAGUACAACUGAAACUUCAUCAACUAUUAGCCCAACAGCAACCAGUACAACGAGAACCUCUACAACAAACAGCCUAACAGCAACAAGUACAACUGGAACUUCUACAACAACUAGCCCAACAGCAACCAGUACAACUGGAACUUCUACCACAGCUAGCCAAACAGCAACCAGUACAACUGGAACUUCUACCACAACUAGCCCAACAGCAACCAGUAAAACUGGAACUUCUACAACAAAUAACCCAACAGCAACCAGUACAACUGGAACUUCUACCACAACUAGCCCAACAGCAACCAGUAAAACUGGAACUUCUACAACACAUAGCCCAACAGCAACCAGUACAACUGGAACUUCUACCACAACUAGCCCCAAAUUAACCAGUAUAACUGGAACUUCUACAACAACUAGCCAAACAGCAACAAGUACAACGGAAACCUCUACAACAACGAGCCCAACAGCAACCAGUACAACAGGAACGUCUACCACAACUAGCACAACAGCAACCAGUACAAUGGGAACUUCUACCACAACUAGCCGAACAGCAACCAGUACAACUGUAACUUCUACCACAGCUAACCCAACAGCAACCAGUACAACUGGAACUUCUACCACAACUAGCCCAUCAGCAACAAGUACAAUGGGAACCUCUACAACAAAUAGCCCAACAGCAACCAGUACAACAGAAAAUGUUACAACAAAUAACCCAACAGAAACCAGUACAAUGGGAAAGUCUACAACAACUAGCCCAACUGCAACCAGUACAACGGGAACCUCUACAACAACGAGCCCAACAGCAUCCAGUACAACGGGAACCUCUACAACAACGAGCCCAACAGCAACCAGUACAACAGGAACUUCUAUCACAACUAGCCCAACUGCAACCAACUCCACUGGAACUUUUACAACAACUAGCCAAACAUCAACCAGUACAAUAGGAACUUCUACAACAAAUAGCCCAACAGCAACCAGUACAAUAGGAACUUCUACAACAAAUAGCCCAACAGCAACCAGUACAACUGGAACUUCUACCACAACUAGCCCAACAGCAACCAGUACCACUGGAACUUUUACAACAACUAGCCAAACAGCAACCAGUACAACUCUAACUUCUACAACAAAUAACCCAACAGCAACCAGUACAAUAGGAACUUCUACAACAAAUAGCCCAACAGCAACCAGUACAACGGGAACUUCUACAACAACUAGCCCAACAGAAACCGAUACAAGUGUACCUUCUAUAAUAACGAGUCCAACAGCAACCAGUACAACUGUAACUUCUACCACAGCUAACCCAACAGCAACCAGUACAACUGGAACUUCUACCACAACUAGCCCAUCAGCAACAAGUACAAUGGGAACCUCUACAACAAAUAGCCCAACAGCAACCAGUACAACAGAAAAUGUUACAACAAAUAACCCAACAGAAACCAGUACAAUGGGAAAGUCUACAACAACUAGCCCAACUGCAACCAGUACAACGGGAACCUCUACAACAACGAGCCCAACAGCAUCCAGUACAACGGGAACCUCUACAACAACGAGCCCAACAGCAACCAGUACAACAGGAACUUCUAUCACAACUAGCCCAACUGCAACCAACUCCACUGGAACUUUUACAACAACUAGCCAAACAUCAACCAGUACAAUAGGAACUUCUACAACAAAUAGCCCAACAGCAACCAGUACAAUAGGAACUUCUACAACAAAUAGCCCAACAGCAACCAGUACAACUGGAACUUCUACCACAACUAGCCCAACAGCAACCAGUACCACUGGAACUUUUACAACAACUAGCCAAACAGCAACCAGUACAACUCUAACUUCUACAACAAAUAACCCAACAGCAACCAGUACAAUAGGAACUUCUACAACAAAUAGCCCAACAGCAACCAGUACAACGGGAACUUCUACAACAACUAGCCCAACAGAAACCGAUACAAGUGUACCUUCUAUAAUAACGAGUCCAACAGCAACCAGUACAACUGGAACAUCUACAACAACUAGCUCAACCGCAACCGGUACAACUGGAACUUCUACAACAACAAGCCCAACAGCAACCAGUACAACUAGAACUUCUAUAACAAAUAGUCCAACAGCAACCAGUACAACAGGAACUUCUACCACAACUAGCCCAACAGCAACCAGUACAACUGGAACGUUUACAACAACUAGCCCAACAGCAUCAAGUACAACUCUAACUUCUCCAACAAAUAGCCCAACAGCAACCAGUACAAACGGAACUUCUACCACAACUAGCACAACAGCAACCAGUACAAGUGUACCUUCUACAAUAACGAGUCCAACAGCAACCAGUACAAUAGGAACCUCUACAACAACUAGCUCAACCACAACCGGCUCAACUGGAACUUCUACAACAACAAGCCCAACAGCAACCAGUACAACUGAAACUUCUACCACAACUAGCCCAACAGCAACCAGUACAAAUGUACCUUCUACAAUAACAAGUCCAACAGCAACCAGUACAACUGGAACCUCUACAAAAACUAGCUCAACCGCAACUGGUACAACUGGAACAGGUAGCUUGAUAACAGGCAAUACCACUGUAUGUCCCACAACAACAGUAGUGGCAUCAGCUAGCACCACUGUAGCUUCAGCAACAAAUGGUGUGACAGUGGCCAGUAGCUCAACAACGACAGACCCAACAUCAACAGAUAGCAUGACAACAGACAGUACCACAGUAGAUACCAAAACAACAACUGGUCCAGCAACAACAGGUAGUUCGACAACAGGCAGUACCACUGAAGGUCCCACAACAACAGCAGUGGCAACAGCCAGCACAAGUGCAGUUUUAACAACAUCUGGUCCAACAGCAUCCAGUACCAUGGCAGAUACCACAACAGCAGCUAUCCCAACAACAACAGACAUCUUGCCAACAGGCAGUACCACUGAAAGCCCCACAACAACAGCAGUGGCAACUGCCAGCAGCAGUGUAGCUACAACAAUAAAUGGCUCAAUAGUAAACAUGUCCAUGGUAGAAAAAACAACUGAAACUAGCAUGAGUGGAUUAAGAAUAAUUGAGACAAACCAUGUCCAAACCAAUAGCAGAAUGAAAGUAGUGGCUACAGCAAUUGUAAUUGUUGACUCUGAAACAUGGACAACAUCGACGACAUCAAUCAGUACAGCUUCUGUAACUCCUACCCAGGAUGGGGGAACAUUGACUACUCAUCACUCGGGUACUACUUGCCCACCAUGUGUUUAUGAUGACUUUACUACAACCAAAGAUGCUCACAUCUCAACAACACCUGAAGAAGACUGCGGGGAACAUGGAUUUUUUGAUGGAAUAAGAUGCAUCUGCAACAAAGGUUAUGCUGGUCGUUGGUGUGAGAAUUCAACAGGAGAUUGUGAGAAUGGAGGAUUUAUCAAUAAUAGCAUCUGUUCCUGCCCUACACAAUUCUAUGGACCAACCUGCCAGUAUGCUAACAGUACCAUUACAGUAGAUACUGUGGAACUCACUAUUGGUGUCGUUGUCCGAAUUACCAAUGAGGGAUAUACAGAUGAACUACAAGAUGAAACAAGUGAACAAUAUAGAACAUUUGUUCGUAAAUUUAAACUUCAGAUCUUCGUGGCUUGA